ACACACACACACACACACAAAACGCCCCUUUAUGUAAACAUAUAAAACUUAAAACAAUAAUCAGAACAAUCACGAAAGUGCCGCUUGUAGUAAGAGAACAAACAAAUCGUCGACAGCACCAUGCUACAAAACAGUGCCUUCGGGACACCGAUGCUGGACGGCAAACCGGUACUGCCUGAGAUUUACUCCCAUCAUCAAACAGUGGACAAACUGGACAUCGUCGCAGAACCUCAACAGCUCACGAUCUACAACAACAAUAAUGCGGACAUAGCCUAUCGCAACAGCAGCAGUAUCCUCGCACCUCCAAGAUAUGCCGUCGAGAGAUCAACUCCAACCGUCGAACACGAUGGCUGGUAUGGCCGUCUGUUGGACCAUACAAACUACACACGGCACACGCCGGAACCAGCAGCGCACGAUGUUCAACCAUUAAAGACUGAGAACAAUACAUCACAGCGCAACGACGAGAUUACUCCGAAUGCUGCCGAUGGUGAGGAGGUGCUUAUUGGAACGUGCCAGCAGCACAUGGUGCCACACGCCCAAACGCCGGCCGAGGAAGUCACACAACCGCAAGGCAACAUCGCGGCUGCUGUGGCGUGCAGACCGAAGAAGAAGGCAGGACAGCGGCGGCCAAUGAAUGCGUCCAUCCUUUUUUGUAAACGGCAUCGGUCAGUGUUGAAGGAGCACUACCCGGAGGAAAACAGGGAAACCACAAAAAAGCUUGGCAAAUGGUGGAAAAAUGCAAAAGCGAAACAGAAAAAACCCUACCAGCUGCUGGCGGAAAAGAACAAAACUAAGUUUCUGGACGUUAAUCCAAGUUUCCGGUGGUGCAAAAGUUCCACCAUGGCGUCGUGUGACAAAAACGUUGAUGACGAACCAGUUUUGAGUAAAGUAAAGACUGAGCCAAUGGAGACCGAACCGGAGGCAACCCUAUCGCCUGAUCUAUUGGAGGCGGCCCAAGCUUUGUUGAGCUUGCGUGGAAGCGUCGAGGAUCGCCGUCCGCUCACUACGUUCAAGCUGGCGGAUGAUUCGGACAUGGAAAGCUUAAACAAACUUUGCGUCGAAACGCGCCAGUGCGGUGAUAGAGCAGAUGCGGGACAGCCUUGGAAGCCACGAUACAACCGAGUUUCCGAAUCAGAUCAAUGUUCCACUGGUGUUGGUAAUGUCCCGGAUCAGGUUAAUGAUGGUACCGAAAGCACAACUCGUGCUGCUAGGUCUUGUAAGGCCAAGCGAUACUAUGACUUUAUGAGUCAUAUGUACCCGAGUGUGCAGGCCAAACGUGCCACUAGCUCGAAGAAAACGCAGAAGGCGCACAAUGAUCGUACCAGUCGGCAUCGCGAGUCAAAUACGGGAUGUCUAGUGGAACCCACAGAUGUAGAAGCAUUGAACAAAAACCUGGAACGGGAACUAGACAAAGAGCUUAUGAACAUACCCGCGCUUAGUAUCGAUCUUUUCCGUGCCAUUCAGAACAACGAACAGAACACCACAGAACCCUGCCAUCUAGCGUCUGGCUCGAAAGCCACAACAAAGAUUUUCAUGCGGCCAUCGUCUCCGGAAGCUACUACCGGCUAUACAAGGUCUACGCCGGAAAACCGGAUUUCUGUGGUGCCAUCGACCGUGCAACCGGUACCACCGCCAGCCACCAAUCCCGUCGGUUGCCGGAAGCGGAAGCAACCUCGAGAAAAAAUAAUCCGGUAUGUCCUACCCAGGACUGACCAAAGAUAGGUGCUCUGCGUACUGGGCUCCGCAAUAUGGUGGCAUUCUUAUGACGUGUACCAUUGUACCUGGCCAAUUCGUUUGGUGAAGAUCUUGAUCUCCGAUCUCCCUUUCCGGAUCUCGGCUAGGACGGAAAACAGGGCUAACGUUUUUUGUUUGUUUUUUUUUUUUUCCUGUAAGACUAAGCAUACUAGUUAAGCACAAAAGUAUUGCAGUAAGAGCUACAAUGGAAUGCCUGUUAACUUUGUUACCUGGACAAAUAUGCUGGGCAUCGUUUUUUCCGUUUUGUUCAUGGAUUGUUUUCUCGGAUUGUUAUAAGUUCCGCGCCCAGUCCUUAAAAUCCACCGGUAAUUUAGUUCGGGAACAAAACGAUAUCCUUAUUUGCUUACUCAGUUAGGACUUAGGGCUUAGAAACCUUAGAUUAAGGGACGUAAUGAGAGAUAGACUAAGAAGCGUAACGAGAAAGUGGGAGAUACUAUUUAUUUGCAUUUUAGUAAUGUUUAGCAAAGCUAAUCAUAACAACAACAGGAAAACAGUAUGCUAAACCACAAAAAAAUGAAGAUUCAUGCUAGUUUGCUACACAGCGGUGCUCGAGUGGCCAUAGUUGUCUGUCCAAAAAAGGUUGGAACCAGACCCUAGUCGUC